AUGAGAGCUGACAACCAGAGCUUCCUGGGGGGCCCUCCGAGGGAUUUCAUCCUCCUGGGUGUUUCUGGCAGGCCAUGGCUGGAACUCCCUCUCUUCGUGGUCCUCUUGGUGUUGUAUAUUCUUGCCAUGUUGGGGAACAUUGCCAUCAUCCUGGUGUCCCAGCUGGACCCCCACCUCCACAGCCCCAUGUACCUCUUCCUCAGACACCUCUCCUUCCUAGACCUCUGCUUUACCACCACCACAGUCCCCCAGAUGUUGGUCAACCUGGGCAGCUCCAGGAAGACCAUCAGCUACGGGGGCUGCACGGUGCAGUAUGCAGUAUUCCACUGGCUGGGGUGCACCGAGUGCAUCGUGCUGGCUGCCAUGGCCCUGGACCGAAUUGUGGCCAUCUGCGAGCCCCUGCGCUAUGCCCUCAUCAUGCACCGUCCUCUCUGUCAGCAGCUUGUGGCCGUGGCCUGGCUAAGCGGCUUUGGCAACUCCCUAGUUCAGGUAGUCUUGACAGUGCAGUUGCCCUUCUGUGGGCGGCAGGUGCUAGACAACUUCUUUUGUGAAGUGCCAGCUAUGAUCAAGUUGUCCUGUGCUGACACCGCCGUGAAUGAUGCCACGCUGGCCGUGCUGGUGGCCCUCUUUGUGCUGGUCCCUCUCGUGCUCAUCCUGCUCUCCUACGGCUUCAUCGCCCGGGCAGUGCUCCGAAUCCAGUCCUCCAAGGCUCGGCACAAGGCCUUUGGGACCUGCUCCUCCCACCUGGCGGUGGUCUCCCUCUUCUACCUUCCUGCCAUCUACAUGUACCUGCAGCCCCCGGCCAGCUACUCGCAAGAGCAGGGCAAAUUUAUCUCCCUCUUCUACUCCAUCAUCACCCCCACCCUCAAUCCCUUCAUCUACACCCUGAGGAACAAGGAUGUGAAGGGAGCUCUUAGAAAACUGCUGGUGAGGCUGUGGUGGCUCUGCAGAAGAUAA